UUCGCUACAUUAUUUCUACCCCCGUGGGAGCAGCGAUCACAAUGUCUUUCCUGCAGUGAGGGUGUCCAUAAUGCACAAGAACGGGAAUGAUGACAGAAAUGGCCACUUUUGCAACCAGAUUUCUCAAAGAUGCUGGGUAGCAAGCGACUGGGGCUUUCCGGACUGACCCUCGCCCUGUCCGUGCUUGUGUGCCUGGGCGCGCUGGCCGAGGCGUACCCCUCCAAGCCAGACAACCCAGGAGAGGACGCGCCAGCGGAGGACAUGGCCAGAUACUAUUCAGCCCUGCGACACUACAUCAACCUCAUCACCAGGCAGAGGUAUGGAAAACGAUCUAGCCCUGAGACACUGAUUUCAGACCUCUUGAUGAGAGAAAGCACAGAAAAUGUUCCCAGAACCAGGCUGGAAGACCCUUCUAUGUGGUGAUGGGAAAUGAAACUUGCUCUCCAGUCUUUUCCUAUUUUUCAACCCAUAUUUCAUCCUGUAAAACUAGAGUCUGCUGGUCCUCCCAAUGCAUGCUGCCACUGGGCUCAACUCUGCAGAGUCUCCCUUUGUCGUCCUUGUAUAUACGUGUGUUUAAAUAAAGUACCAAGCAUUCAAACAUG